UCAAUCUCAUGACGAGAACAUGGCGACUCCUCAGUUAGCCGAAUCUACAUUGAAAAAGGCUAAAGAAGCCACUCAAGAAGAAAUUGAUAAUUUAUGUACAACCAUCAGUGAGUUACUGACCCAACCAGACAAGUCAUCUGAAGCCUCCAGUCUUUUGAGGCAGCUCUUUAUAAUUUUACAAGCAUCAGAAAUAAACGCAGAGCCAUGCAUCCCACCAAGUCUGAUAAAAAGUAUGCUUCAUAUUGUGAGCACAACUAACCAACAUAAAGGACAAGGGACAGGAUCAAAAUGUCAGCUCUGUCAGAUGGUCAUUUCAGAGUUACUUCCCAUGGACAAUCCAAUUGAUGGUCUACAUUGUAAUUUCAGUCUUGAAGAAACUAAUGUUAAAUUAGGUACCCUUAGCUUGUUACAAGAUAUACAUUCUCAGUGCAUAUUUAAUUCAUUACCUGACAUUGUCAAAUGGCUGCAGUCUCAAGACUUUGAAAAACAAAAAUCUGGUCUGUUUCUGAUGACACUAGUUUCCUAUGCUCACGGCAAGUCAGUACAGACUGGUGUUUUAGCUGACACAAGUAAAAAACUGUCCCAAUGGCUCAGCUCUGCCAGUCUGUGUCAGGCCCCAAACCCCAGGACAUUGAACCCAUUUAGGAAAGAUGAAGAGAACAGCGUGACUGAAAUAGAUGGAACAGCCAACACCAACAUUUUUACUGUGCUAAGUUUAGGUCAAUAUUACACAGAGGACCAGCUUCUCAAUGUCUUUAGCUUUUCCUGCUUGUACAAGUGGAUUCUGGGAGUGAGUUCCAGCCUGGCUGAUGUAUCAGAGACCAGCUGUGUGAGCCCAGACACUGAGGUCAUCAUACAGAAGGUGGUUGGUGCUCUGGUUCCCAAGUCUGUGGACUACUGUCUCAGGGUGCUGGAGCAGAGUGAGAGAAAGGCCAAAGUCCAGUCAGACGUAGAGCUUCAAGCUGCAUGUCUAAUAGAGGCUGUCCAAGUUUUAGACAUGGUCUGUACUUUAGACAAAGGUCAAACGGCUCAUGUGUUCCAGGAGUUAAAGAGGCUCAACUCACGGCUAAUCCAGGAUUGUCUCCCCUCCCCUGCUCUCAUUUAUAUCUUAAAAUUUUAUUUUCACCACAGUUCCACUGUUGUCCAUGACCCUCGUGAGACAUUUCGCCACUUUUUUUCCACGAUCAUCUCGGCCCAGUUCAAGGACCAAGGUCUGGUGUACGAUGCAGUAGAGUUUCUCUACUCCAACCUAUCUGAGCUGGCUGACACAACUAAUAUACUCACAGCUUUCUUUCCUAAUUUGUUUAAGAUCUUGGCAUGGCACCCAAGACUUUUUAUGAAUGAGUUUACAAUGAUCCUGCCUGCAAUGAUGAACUGGGACACCUCCAUCGAGAUAUUUCACUUACUGCUAGACCUACCCUGCAUGACAGCAGCCUUAGAAGUGAUGGAGAAAGUGAAAAAGCUGGAGCCAUCCACAACCCCAAUUGAUGUUGAGCCAAGUAAUUCUGUUGAUGCCUUUAACAGUCCACGGUUUAGGCCUUUGUUUAAUUACAUCACGCGCAGUGAGAGUGGUCAAGGUGAUACCAUUGACAGACUGUCAAGUCUACACUCUGUACUAAAAGACUGUCAGGGCAGCACGCGUGUCAUGGUCUGCAGUCAGCUGGUCCCCAUAUUACUCAGAAUUUGGUUUAAAUCUGUCCAGACCAGUGAAGACCCAGCAUUCAUUGGACUUUUGAUUCCUGUUAUUCUUGAGAGAUCUGGAAUCAUUUACAGCAUACCUGAGCUGAUAGAGGAUGUACACAGGAUAUUUGCGGAGGAGUUGGUUGAGCUGUGUGGAAAGUUCCCAGAGAUAGUGGUACACCAGCAGUGUGAGAUGGCAGAGUUCCUUCACACUACAGCCAACUUGGCAGGUCGGCUUGACAUUUAUGCUAAUCUGAUCUACGCAGUGGGUGAGUACAGCUCACUCAUGCACACACCUGACUGCACUUCAGAUGUCAUAGGCAAGUACUACGAGUGCCUGGAAGUUGUGACCUAUGAACUUUUGGGUCACCUGACUAGCCCGGAUCAUGACAGCAGCAUUCCAAAAAUAGUAUCGACAUUAAUGUCAGCACUGACCAAGUUGGCCUCUAGAAGUCAUGACCUCAUCCCUAGGGCCAUCCUGUGUCUGACCAAAAUAUCCAAACAACAAAGCCUGGUACUGCUCAAGCCUUUCACUAAAGAGUUUUUGAUGCACAGGGCAACCUCUCUUAUUUCCAUCUUAAAGAAUCCUGAUUCUGCAUCAAUGAUUCUCAGUCCUAAUCAAGAAAUGUAUACGGCCAAGUGGCAUCUAAACAACACCAGCAUGCCGUCUAUACUGAGGGGGAUCAAUAGACUUCUUACCCAGAGCUGAUGUGGGGGUUUACGUGGGAGUUUAUGUGUGGGUUUAUGUG